AUGUUCCCAGGGGAAAUUUACACCUCGGAGAAACAUGGCUCAGAUGAGACGGGGGACGGCACUGCUGACCGACCCUUGAAGACGGCCAUGCAGGCCAUGCGUAAGGCUGGCAAAGAGCCUUUCCCCACCAUCUACGUUGACGCCAAAGAGGAAGGACAGAGUGAGGGGCCCAAGGUGUCGGGCAGCAGCAAUGCAAUAGCUGACAUGGCUCCUUGCCUGCAAGCGCUGGACGUGCACCUGUGUGAGUCCAGUUACCUUGCAGGCCACCAGCCGACACAGGCUGACACACUCGCCCACCAGCGGCUAAGAGGGGGGGCCAUAGCGACAGCAGAGGCCCAAGGUGGAGACUCUCAUGGCUACCCCCAUGUUGCACGCUGGUGGAGACACAUUGAGAGUUUUGGCAGUGAGAGGGAGGGGUUUCCCUCUGCUGACCCUGCUGUUCUGGAGCGGUUUAGUUUAGGGGAUGUAUGUUUACCGCAGGUGAAUGUCGGAUGGUGUGUACAAGUAGCUCAAUUUUAGUAAAUGGAUUUUUAU